CCAGGUUCGAGAAGCUGGACAUCACGCCCAAGAGCGCGCAGAAGCUGAAGCCGGUGCUGGAGAAGUGGCUGCGGGAGGCGGAGCAGCGGCAGCGGGAGGGGCAGCAGCACCUGCUGGAGUUCGUGGGGGGCGAGCCGGGCAAGAAGCGCAAGCGGCGCACCUCGUUCACGCCGCAGGCGCUGGAGGCGCUCAACGCGCACUUCGAGCGCAACGCGCUGCCCACGGGCGCCGAGAUCACGCGCAUCGCGCAGGAGCUGCGCUACGAGCGGGAGGUGGUGCGGGUGUGGUUCUGCAACCGCCGCCAGACCCUCAAGAACACCAGCAAGCUGAACGUGUUCCACGUGCCCUGAGCGCGGCGCCCGGCCCGGCUCUGCCCCGCCGCCCGCCGCCCGGCCCGCCUCCAGCGGCUCCCGGUGCCGCCAGCCGGGAGCGCCGGGAGCGCCCCGGGGCCGCCCGGCCUCCUGCCAUCAGCACUUUGGGCACUGGUUCUGUCCCUCUGCCGCCUGGUUCCACCACCACGCCUGUCCCUCUGCCACCUGGCUCCAUCUCCACACCUGUACCCGUGUCCAGCACACCUGUGCCUGUGUCCAGCACACCUGUAUCUGUGUCCAUCACACCUGUACCCAUGUCCAGCACACCUGUAUCUGUGUCCAGCACACCUGUAUCUGUGUCCAUCACACCUGUACCCGUGUCCAGCACACCUGUAUCUGUGUCCAACACACCUGUAUCUGUGUCCAGCACACCUGUACCCAUGUCCAGCACACCUGUACCUGUGUCCACCAUGCCCAGACCUGUGUCCAGCACACUUUUACCUGUGUCCAGGCCCUCACCUGCCCCUCAGCAACUCCCACAUGCCCUAAACUGGGAGCACCCGGGUUCCCCGGCCUCCUGCCAUCAGCACUUUGGGCACUGGUUCUGUCCCUCUGCCACCUGGUUCCAUCACCACACCUGUACCUGUGUUCAGCACACCUGUGCCUGUGUCCUCUACACCUGUACCUGUGUCCACCGUGCCCAUACCUGUGUCCAGCACACCUGUGCCUGUGUCCUCUACACCUGUACCUGUGUCCAGCACACCUGUGCCUGUGUCCUCUACACCUGUACCUGUGUCCACCGUGCCCAUACCUGUGUCCAGCACACCUGUACCUGUGUCCAACACUCAACGUCUUCCACAUGUUCUGAACUGGGAGCACUGGGAGCAUCCCAGUUCCCAGUCACAGUCCCCCCUGACCACCUGCCAUCAGCACUUCGGCCACUGAUUUUGUCCCUUUGGCCGCUGAUUUUGUCCCCUUGGUCACUGGUUUUGUCCCUGUGGCCACCCCCGUGUCCCUCCAGCCCUGUGCCCGUACCUGUGCCCACCCCACUGUGCCCUCAGCGCACUGAACUGGGAGCACUGGGAGCCCCCUGUGUGUCCCACCAGUCCCAGCCCCUUGACCUCCAGCCAUCAGCACUUUGGCCGCUGGUUUUGUCCCUUUGGCCACGGAUUUUGUCCCUCUGCCCCCGUGCCUGUACCUGUGCCCACCUGUGCCUGUGUGUGCCCCCCGUUCCCUCCUCUCACACACGGCCCGAGCGUGUCGAUGUCACACCUCCCCCACCUGUGACACCCGUGGUGACAGACCCCCCCGAGUGUCACACGCCCACCCAAAAUCAGCGAUUUCCAUUUUCCUGGGUUUUGCCCUUUUUCCUGUGUUACUGAGGCGAUGUUACGGCUCACCAGGGGCGACCCCAAAUUUGUGUCACCCCCACUUUGCGGGUCCCCCACCUCGUGAGGGGCUUCUGGGGGUGAUCCCCCACCUUGGGGACGUCCCGUGGGCGGCUUUUGGGGACAUCACCCCUGGGUUUGGGGGGCGUGAACCCCAAAACAGAGGCAGCGCCCCUUCCCCAGCUCCCCCUGCCCUGAGUCCCCCCGGGAGCGAUGGGAGGGGAGCUUUGGGGGGGACACGGGGGCGCCCGCUGGGGCCGCGACAGACUGAUGCACUUGAUGUAGUGGUGUGAAAUAAACAGUAUUUUUCUUU